UCUAGAUUAUCAACGUUGAUGCUUUUGGAGAUAUUUCGCAAAAAAUGAGCAUAACAUAUAAAAUAACAAAAUUAGUACCUAUAAUGGUAUACGUGAAAUGUAUUGUGUCGAUUGUGGGAGGUGCAUAAAGCUCAGGAGACUCUGUCAUGUCAUAAAGUGCUACAGCAUUAUCAACAAGCAGUGCAAUGAAGCGAGACACUUAUGUUUUACAACACUCAACCUGAAUUUCAUAUAAAUCUAUCUAUAUUUUCAUGUAAUACAAUUUCUAUACCAUUGUUAACAGC